AUGGCAGUUGUUGGCUCGCUACCAACUGAAGAGCAGCUUUUGUGCUGCAUCUGCCUGGAUGUGUUCACCAAUCCAGUCACCUUACCAUGUGGACACAACUUCUGCAAAAACUGCAUCACAGAGCAUUUCAAUUUCAAUUCCCAGCGGCAGUGUCCCAUGUGUAAAGAGCAUGUUGAUAGAAAAUGUAAGCUUGGGAUCAAUACUUUUAUAUCUGAGAUGGCUGUUCAGUUCAGAAAGUCAGCUGGAAGGAAAGACAGACAGAGCUCAGAGCAACAACUUACCAAAACCAGAGAAGUUUUCUGUGACGUUCCUACUGGAACGCAACGGAGAGCCCUGAGGUCAUGCAUGUUGUUAGCAUUCGGCCUGGUUUGUCUGACCAUUUUCUUUGCAAUUAACUUAAACCUUCAUCAAACAGCAUCCAGCCUGAAAACUCAUCAGCUGUUUGAUACAGUAGCAAGUCACCGUACUCAUCACAUUGUUCCUCUGAAAGUAGAAUAUGAAGUAAAAAAGAAAGAGCUUCGGAAAACUGAAGCUGAAAUUCAGAAGAAGAUCCAGGAGAGACAGCUGAAAAUAGAGGAGGUGAAACAUUUGGUUUGGAUUAGCAAGAAAGCUUCAGACAGAGAGAUGGCUGAUGGUGUUCAUAUCUUCACUGCUUUUAUGCAGUCGUUGGAAAGAGCUCAUGCCGAGUUCAACGCGAUGAUCAAAGCAAACCUGGAAACAACUGAGGAGCAGGCCACGAGUUUCACCCGAAAGAUGGAGCAGCAAAUCUCUGAGCUGGUGCGGAGGCAAACUGAGGUGAAGCAGCUAUCCCGCACAAAAGACCACCUCCACUUCCUCCAGAGCUUCCCAAUCAUGAAAACUGCUCCUCUUGCCGACGACUUGCCUGAGGUCAGCAUUCCUCCGGCAUCGUAUGAGGGACUCCUGAGGACUGCCAUGAUGACUGCAGUGGUUCAACUGACAGAGACAGCCAGCAAAGAGUUGGAGAAGCUGCAUGAAGCUGAGCUGAUGAGACUCAGGCAGAGUGCGCUGGAUGUGACUUUGGAUCCUGACACAGCACACCCUAAUCUCAUCCUGUCUGAUGAUGGGAAACAAGUACACUACGGUGAUGUGAGGAAUGGACUUCCAGACAACUCAAAACGAUUUGAUGAAGCAGUUUUUGUCUUAGGAAAGCAGAGUUUCUCUUGUGGGAGAUUUUACUAUGAUGUUCAAGUUAAAGGAAAGACUGCAUGGAUUUUAGGAGUGGCCAAAGAGUCCGUCAACAGGAAGGGAGAAGUUCAACUAAACCCUGAAAAUGGCAUCUGGGCUCUAUUUCAUAUGCAUGAAAAACAGUACAUUGCACUUGCUAGCCAGCCUGUAAGUCUCUCUGUGAAUGAUCUGCCGGAAAAGGUUAGAGUUGUUGUGGAUUAUGACGAGGGUCUGGUCUCCUUCUAUAACGUAGAUGCAACAAUUCUUAUCUACUCCUUCACUGGGUGCUCCUUCACUGAGAGACUCCACCCAUUCGUCGGUCCUGGUAUUAUUGACUCGGCUCCUCUGAUUAUCUCCUCUGCUGUCAUUAACACAGAUUAA